GCGCGCGCGGCGAGGCCCGGCGGGAAGUCCGGAAGUCUAGGCCUCCCUCCGCGGCGGUUCCGCCCCCGCGGCGUUUCCCGCCCCCGCGCCGCCCCCCGCGGAUGCGGCCCCCGAGCUGAGCGCCGCCAUGGCCGCCCCGCGGGGCGCCGCGGGCCCCUGGCGCCGCGCCCUGCUGGUGCUGGCGGCGGCGCAGGCCGCGGCCCUGGUCCUGGCGCGGGGCCCCGGCGAGGACGACGCGCCCGAGGAGUGGCUGCUCCUGCACGUGGUCCAGGGCCAGAUCGGGGCCGGCAACUACAGCUACCUGCGGCUGAGCCACGAGGGCAAGAUCGUGCUGCGCAUGCGCAGCCUGCGCGGGGACGCCGACCUCUACGUGUCGGACAGCACGCUGCACCCCAGCUUCGACGACUACGAGCUGCAGUCGGCCACCUGCGGCCCGGACGCGGUCGCCAUCCCCGCGCACUUCCGGCGGCCCGUGGGCAUCGGCAUCUACGGGCACCCGUCCCACGGCGAGAGCGACUUCGAGAUGAAGGUGUACCUGGACCGGACCGAGGACCAGCCGCCGGGCCCCGCGGGCGCGGGCGCGCGCGCCCCCGAGGAGCGGCCCGCCGACGAGGACUCGGUCCUCUGGACGGUUCUCAUCGGCCUCCUGAAGCUGGUUCUGGAAAUCCUCUUCUGAGGCCGGGCGGGGGCCCCGCGGCACGGGGGUCACCGCGGUUUCCCAGGAGGCGACCCGCCUUCUUUCCCGGGUGGAAAGGGUCGGCCGGGGGCCGCAGGCCGCCUCCCGGGGCCGCGCCUGCAACCUGGAGGACUGGGUCCCGGGCCCACACUUGGGGUCCCUUCCACCCCGAUAGCACGUGUUCCUAGGUCCGUCACAGUUCCGAAUCCACCUGAACCAAACUUUAGGCCGUCUGCCAUUUUACCACCUGGGCCUGCCUAUUAGAAGCCUUUGAUUCUUAAACUUUCAGAGUCCUUAACAAUAGUGGAGAAACACCAUCAUAGAUUAUGAAAGAUUGGUGACAAUAAUGGUAACUUUAUAUGAUGAACCGUCAUUAUUCGUCGUGGAAUAAAAUGUAGCAAAUUAAAUCGCAUUUUAGUAGAGUUUCUGGAGAAAGUCAAAGCACGGAGUCUAAAAACCUUUUAGAAAAGGAGCCAUUCCUGUACCUGCGCGUGGUUUCAAAGGUAAGAGGAACGUAAUGAAACAAAUCGACUUGCAGACUUUAAGACCAUCGUUGACUUCCGAAAGCUUUUAUUGGCAUAAAAAUGAAUAUGUAAAUAAACUGGUACUAAAUAUUCCACUUAAGUGCACACACAGCGUUAGGG